UACGUGUAACACGUAAUCGAACUGGGAGCGCCGCGGUUCGUCGUCAGCUCCGUGAUCCGCGAACGACAGGGCCGAAUCUCGAACGAAAAGAAAUUCGGAGACGAAGGGAACUCGAAAUCGGUGAGGAAGAACGUAGUGGCUGAAGUGCGAACGCGUCGAGUGAAUUCGUCGAGGCGAUUGUUGUUGGAUACAGUGACUAAGAGAAAGGUAGUGGUGGUGCACAGGGUGCGCAGGGCGGAGGGGCAGUCGUAGGUCGUCGUCGUCGCCGUCGUCGCCGUCGUCGUCGGGAAGGACAAAAGGACGGCGCGUUUAAGAGAGCCGUUUAGAGAAUAGUAAUAAGAGAGAUAAAAGUGGUCGGCGGGGCGAGAGGGUGACCGGCGCGGGAGGGUGGCUCGGACAGGCGUUCGUGUCGCCUGCUGCUGCGUUCGUGGAGUCGCAAUGGCGCCGAACGCGGCUCCGUCGAGGAGGAGCGACUCGGUUUCCGACGGAGCCGGCGGUGGUAUCCGCGCCGCGUUCACGUGAGAGCCCGAUGCCGCGCUCGCCCGAGUACGGACUUGCCCCGUGAAUUAACCAUGAGAAGGGUCCGCAAGAGGCAGCCGCAGAAGACGAAGGCCCGGUCCCGCGAGUGACAGUGCUUAAGCAAUUACAUGUGCGAGAGUGGCGUGCGGUGUGCCAAGGUGCCCAGCUCGAAGGUUUCAGGUGAUUCGCGCCCUUUCCGAUUACCGGGGAGAGGGACCACCUCUUCUCUUCGAUCCCCGUGGCCCCUAUGCCGUUCGCGAACGAGAAUGCGAGACGAGGCUCCGUUUAGGAGUGCACCGACGGACAGAUCCGCGAGACGGGAACAGAAAUACCGGAAGAGGAUACAGAGGGCUGGCAGGGAGGGAGGAGCAGCCGACGACUCGGUUGCCUGGACAGAGGAACAAGAAAGGUGGUGCUCGGCUUUGCCGGCGACCAAGUUUCUUUGAGAUAAUCUAGCCAACCUGGCGGACCAAGAGGAAGGUGGCUCGGCGAUGCAGGGCAAGGAGAGCCCCGUCGGGUCCAACACCCAGGAGACCCAUCAGUAUGUUGGCCCCUAUCGACUCGAAAAGACCUUGGGCAAAGGACAGACCGGAUUGGUCAAGCUUGGGGUCCACUGUGUGUUGGGCAAGAAGGUGGCGAUCAAGAUCAUCAACAGGGAGAAGCUGUCAGAGUCCGUGCUGAUGAAGGUGGAACGGGAGAUCGCGAUUAUGAAACUGAUCGACCAUCCUCACGUCCUCGGCCUCUCAGAUGUAUACGAGAACAAGAAAUACCUAUAUCUUGUUCUGGAACACGUUUCCGGCGGCGAGCUGUUCGACUAUUUAGUGAAAAAGGGUAGACUAACGCCGAAAGAAGCCAGGAGAUUUUUUCGACAAAUCAUUUCUGCGUUAGAUUUUUGCCAUAGUCAUAGUAUAUGUCAUAGAGACUUGAAGCCUGAGAAUUUGUUGUUGGACGAGAAGAAUAACAUUAAGAUAGCGGAUUUCGGGAUGGCCUCGUUGCAACCCGCGGGCUCGAUGCUGGAAACCAGCUGCGGUUCCCCUCAUUACGCCUGCCCCGAAGUCAUUCGAGGUGAGAAAUACGAUGGGAGGAAGGCGGACGUUUGGUCGUGCGGGGUGAUACUUUACGCGCUUCUGGUAGGCGCGUUGCCCUUUGACGACGACAAUUUGAGAAAGCUGUUGGAAAAGGUGAAACGCGGUGUGUUUUACAUACCGCACUUCGUACCGCCGGAGUGUCAAAACCUGCUCAAAGGAAUGAUCGAGGUCGACCCGGAGAAGAGACUGACGCUGGCGGAAAUAAACAGGCAUGUGUGGGUGACGGCGGCGGGCAAGGGCGAGUUGGAGUUAGAGCUGUCGAUGAUGGACGUGGUGCAGACGCACGUUAUUCCGUCCGUGGAGGCGAUCGAUCCGGACGUGUUGCAGGCGAUCGCCAGCCUAGGCUGCUUCAAGGAACGGGACAAACUCAUUCAGGAACUUCUCAGUCCCAAUCACAACACGGAGAAGGUGAUAUACUUUCUGCUACUGGAGAGGAAACGGAGAAGACCAGCAUGCGAGGACGAGCUGGAGGUGAUGAGAGGAGGCGUCCGGGGCUCUUCAGGACAAUUAGAAGCGGAUCCACCAAGGAAACGAGUGGACACUUGCAGAGUGAACGGCAGCACGGCUCUCAAUCUCGGGGAAAUUAGCCAUGGAUCGCCGUUAACUCCUAGGAGGCAGUCCAGUGCUAGGCAUCACACACGUCGCUCGCCGAGCACGGGGUGCCACACGCACGCGUCGCACUCGCACGCCUCGACGCCGGGCAGCUCGCCGUUGCACGCGUCGAACGCGGUCGCAGGACUGCUCAGCCCUCACAGGGCGCCUCCGGCCUCGCAUCUAGGUCAAACGGGAAGCCCUCACAGGCUGUCGACGGUGACGGCCACCGCAGGCAACGGUAACACCACCACCCCGGCAGUCGUAACGCCUGUCCCGGCUGUGCCCAGCGUGGGAAUUGAGAUAAACGACGUACAACAGGUAGUAGCGGUCGGCGUUACACCGCCAGGCUCUCCCCACACUGGCGCCGGCUCCGGGGCUCAUCACUGGAGAUCAAGGUUGACAACCAUCAAGAACUCGUUCCUUGGUAGUCCUCGGUUUCAUCGACGCAAGCUGCUAACAAGCGCCGAGGAGGUACAUCUUACACCGGACUCCUCCCCGGAACUGACGAAAAAGUCGUGGUUCGGAAGUCUGAUGACCACUGAGAAAGACGAGACGUUCACGAUCCUCGUUAAGGGAAAAGCGUUGGCCAGCGUGAAAGCCGACCUGAUUCACGCUUUUUUAUCGAUAGCCGAGUUGUCUCACAGCGUAAUCUCGCCGAUGUCCUUCAGAGUGGAAUACAAAAGGGGAAGCACGGCGCCUGCCAUGUUCCAGAGACAAGUCCGAUUCCAAGUGGACAUUAGCGCAAUUUCCAAGCAGCCCAACGAACCGUUGUUCGCUAUUACCUUUACUUUAAUCAGCGGAAACAUCCGAAGAUUUCGCAGAGUGUGCGAGCACAUUCAGUCGCAGGUGUGCUCGAGGAAUGUUGGGAUAAACAUAGGAGGGCAGAGCAGAGCGGCGCCGCCUAGUCCCCGAGCUUCCCGUAAAUUCGCUCAAGAGAUGAGCGAGAGCUCCAGCUGCGGGAGCGACACCAGCGAGCGACUGUUCCUCAGCCCGCACCCAGCUACCAGACAGGUAGUCUGUUUCAACAAGAUCGACUCGGAUAUUGACUCGGACACGUCGGUGUUCGACGUGAAGUCGCCGACGCGUGAGAACGGCCGGAGGAGCUCGACGUCGACGAACAACAACAACCCGUUGCCGGGUGACGCGACGCCGACGCCGGGCAGCCCGACGAAGGCCGUACGCAGCAACUCGGAGAGCCAGAACACGCCUGAGAAGAAAUGCGUGACCACGAUGAGCGGCAACAACAUAGCGUGAUACUACCAGAAUUUCCGUUUCGAAUUUCGAUCCAGCCUGAAGAGCUUGUGGGACAGCACCCAGAAACUCUGGUGAUCGUCGGGAGGCGAUCCUGAAACCGGGAAGGCGGCAGCAGUACUUUCGAUUCUGACAGAAUUCGAUGGACAGAAAGAUUCUGAUAAUAGAAUUUUAUUUAAUUGAUAAUUCGAUGAACGAUAAGUUUGUAUUCUAAAGAAUUCGAGGGAAUUUUAUUUAUUUCUGGAAUGGAGAUUAACAGCCCUUUAAUUGCAAUAAAAAAGAUGAGAAAAUAAAAAUUUUCUAUUAUCAGUGCUUCGAAUUUCGACACUGUUUGAGGAACAUCGUGCAGAUUCUGAGGAAGCAGUACUCGAAGAUGUUGCCACGUGCAAGGAUUCAAUUCUAAACCAAAGAUACACAAAGAAUACUUAUAGCUUGUUAAUCGAACGAGGCAUUGAAAUUAGCGAGCAUCAAAGGGAAGGUGUGAAUCUAGAUAAAUAGAAGGAAUGUCAGAUGGAAGAUGAAGGAUCGUGCAAGAUUUGUUGUGAGAAAAAUUUGUGCAGUGAUAGCCUACGGCUUUUCGUUACGACGGUUUCUAUCUGAAAGUGAAGUGCAAUAGUGACACACAUAACAUCGGAUUACGCGGUUUUCAGAUGCUUUAUCCCGGUACGUACUUACAUACAGCUUAUUGCGAAGCGACAAUUAACUUUUGUUUAAUUUCAGUAGAUUAACAAAAAAACCGGAGGGAUUCAA